AUGCGACGCAUUAGUGUUACUUCAACAGUGUCAACUCAAACCAAAUGCCGUAUCGACUCAGACAAAACAGAAGAAACACGAUCUGUAGCAGUAGACUUCACGUCGUCGAUAUUGCAUGGAUUAAAUAUUUCAUGGCAAAGACUAUUGGAUCCUCAGCGAAUUGGAAAAGCAAAUAAGGAUAACAGCAUUUUUACUGCUAAACUUUUCAAAAAUGUGAUUUGUCCAAGUAAGUUGGAAAUUUUCAGGCAUGGUCGUCGAAUGGAAGAUGAGAGUAGUAGUGAACAAAAUUGUACGGGCGGACGAACAGCAAAUCUCACUGGAAAAGUAAACUAUGUAUUUUUAUGUGAGGUGUUCACGCUGUUAUUGAGCAGGUGUCGGAAGUAUACCGGGAACACCAUACGAAGUAUGAGGAUCUUUUCAAACGCUAAGAUCUCAGUAUUUACGACUUCUACCUAG